UUUUAUUUUUCUUUAGAAAUGGAUCCAAAUGAGAUAUUUACCAAGCUUGAGAGAAUUGGCCGUGGCUCUUUUGGAGAAGUUUUUAAAGGUUGUAGCCAUAAAAAUAAUUGAUUUGGAGGAGGCUGAUGAUGAAAUUGAGGAUAUUCAACAAGAAAUUAAAGUUUUAUCUCAAUGUGACAGUUCUUAUGUUACUCGAUAUUAUGGCUCUUAUUUAACGGGUUCAAAACUUUGGAUUAUAAUGGAAUAUUUGGGUGGUGGUUCAGCGCUUGAUUUAACUAAAAGCCAGCGAUUAGAAGAAAAACACAUUGCUAUUAUUCUUCGAGAAAUUCUCAAAGGCCUCGAUUAUUUACAUUCAGAAAAUAAAAUUCAUAGAGAUAUUAAAGUGGCAGAUUUUGGUGUUGCUAGUCAAUUAACUGAAACUGUUCGAAAACGGAUGACUUUUGUGGGCACUCCUUUUUGGAUGGCCCCUGAGGUGAUUAAACAAUCAAAUUAUGACUACAAGGCUGACAUCUGGUCACUUGGAAUAACUGCGCUUGAGUUGGCAAAUAGGGAACCUCCACAUUCUGAUUUGCAUCCUAUGAGUGUUCUAUUCCUCAUUCCAAAAAAUCCUCCACCUCAACUUCAUGGCAAUCAGUGGAGCAAGAGCUUUAAGGAAUUUGUUGAAUUGUGUCUUAACAAGGAUCCCGAAAAUCGCCCUCCAGUCAAGGAACUACUUCGUCACAAAUUUAUCCAAAACGCUCGUAAAAACGAAAUUCUUCGUGAUGUAAUUGAACGCAGUUUGGAAUAUCGUGCUCGUAAUAUUUCUCAACAAAAUGCGGAUUCUGACCAAGAUUCUGACGCAGACUCAAAUUCGGGUGGAACUCAAUGGGAUUAUCCAACUCUGAGAAGUCCAACUGAAGACGGAAUGAGAGGAUUGGGCGAUGUUGAUGGUGAUAAAUGGGCGCGUGUUAGCAAAGCUGUUAACGAGACAGCUGACAAUGUGGCUACUAUUAAGGUCGCCUCUUCGAAUGUACGAACCCAACACCUUCAAAACAAUACAUCUGUGAUAAACAUUGAUACUUUACGGAUGCCAUCUACAACAUCCCAACAAAAUAUACAGAAACAGUUUGUAGAGAAUCAUCAUCAAACGAACCAACAUUCAGAAGUGCAUAAUAAUCAAAAUAUUGUGAAGGCUCCUGCAGGCAAUUCAACGUCAACCGUUGUAAUUCGUGAAGGCAAAAGAAAUGUCAUUCCAGUUGUAACGACACCGAAUGUUAACAAAUCUAGCAACAAUGAAGUUUCUUCAUUUACAUUUUCUGUCCCUGUUACAACUUCUCCAAUGGCAAAUGCCUCUUCUCCACCGCCAAUUACACCACGUCUUGUUACUCCACGCGGAUCAUUAACGCGAGCCUUUUUGCCGGCUCUGGAAAAAUUGUCUCGAACUCGUCAUGGAGCCGCUGAUUUGGAAACAAUUGCAAUAGCACUGCGACGAGCUGAAGAUGCGAGCCCGGGCCUUUGUGAUCACUUAUGUACUGAAUUGUUGACAACUUUGGUUCAUCCCCAAUGCACGAAUAUUGAACUUAGAAAAGCAAUUGAUCGGCUUACAAUUUAG